AUGAUCACCGGCAGGAGGAUCUUCACCUUUCUGCUUAGGCUGCUGACCUUUGCUGCAACUCUGGUUGCCACCAUUGUGAUGGUUACAAGCCAUGACUCUACUAAUGUCUUGAACUUAACAUUCAAGGCCAAAUUCAGCAACGCACCAGCUUUCAAGUACUUUGUGGUUGUGGAAGCAAUUGCUUGCGCGUACAGCUUAGUCAUUAUGUUUCUUUCUUCCAAGGGCUCGCUUUGGCGCUUGGUUAUCAUCCUCGACGUGGUUGUAGCUGUGUUACUUGCAUCAAGUGUGUCAUCGGCACUGGCAAUAGCAAGUGUGGGGAAGAAAGGAAACAUGCACGCUGGUUGGCUUCCGAUUUGUGGACAAGUCCCCAAGUUUUGCAACCAUGUCACUGCUGCUCUUGUUGCUGGCUUCGUUGCAGCAAUCCUGUAUUUUCUUCUUGUUAUCUAUACCCUCUACACUGUUCUCCAUCCUCUAUUUGUUGUAAAAUCUUGA